AGAGAGAGAGAGAGAGAUGGCGCAAACUGCUGUGGCGACAGAAAACCAGGCCGGCAGGCAUCAGGAGGUUGGGCACAAGAGCCUCUUGCAAAGUGAUGACCUCUACCAGUACAUUCUUGAAACCAGUGUCUAUCCCAGAGAGCCAGAGCCCAUGAAAGAACUCAGGGAAAUAACCGCCAAUCAUCCAUGGAAUAUAAUGACGACAUCUGCGGAUGAGGGCCAAUUCUUAAACAUGCUUCUGAAGCUCAUCAAUGCCAAGAACACCAUGGAGAUUGGAGUUUACACCGGCUACUCUCUCUUGGCUACGACCCUUACUCUUCCCGACGACGACAAGGUAAUAAUCAUUCGAUAUAGAAACACCAUUUUUAUUUUAAUAAUUAAAUAGCUUACCGAAAAAAAAUUAAACAUACUCUCUCCGUCCACAAAAAUAUGCCAUAAGGAAUGGUGGCACGAGUUUUAAGAAAACUUGUGUUAUUUAUUUAGAGAAUAAAGAAAGGCGACCACAAAUUAAUAAAAAUGAAAAAAUUAAUUAAGUUAGUAAGCGGAGAAAGGGGCCCACAAGUUAGUGAGUGGAGAAAUUGACCUACAAAUUAGUAUUACAAAAAAUUGAUUAGGGCAUCUUUUUGUUGACAGACCAAAACAACAAAUUAAGACAUUUUUUUGUGGACAGAGGGAGCAACAACUUUGGGCUCUUAAACAAAUUCAAAUUAUAUUAAUAUUAAAAUUUUAUAUUUAAAAAAUCCAAAACAAAUUAAAAAAACCAGAAAAAUAUGAAUAAUAUAAAAAGAAAAAUAUAACAACAAAUAUAUUUAUAUAAAUACAUAAAUAAUUCAUAUACAUAAUCAAAUAAAUCUAUCUAAUAUUUUAAAUUAUAAUUUUAAGAUAUAUGACUAAUUUUUUAUUUACAAAUUCAUAUUAAAUUAAUAUAAAUUACCUUCUCCUUAAUUUCAUUAAAAAUUACUAUAAUUUAAACAUAUUUAAUUUUUAAAAUAAUUAUAAUUAAAUAACCAUGUAAACUUUUUUGAAAAGAAAUGACAACUAUUUAU